AUCUGGUCCCACCCUGCUGCACGGCUUAUGAGCCAGGCCAGCUGUUCGAGUUUCUUUCUGUAUUUACGGUCCCUGUGUCUGUGGCAGCUACACACAUCUGCUGGGCACAUCCCAUGGGAGGGGACAGAGCACAGGGUGGAGGCCUGGCCCACUAGAUGCAGGGGUGGCCCACUGAGCAUGCCCCCCCGGCUGCUAAGCCCCCCGCCCGGGAGGCCUCACCAGCCUCAGCAAUUACUACACAUCUGGCACAGACUGCAUUUCAGACCAGAAACCUGCACUGAGACCCUGGAGGUGGCUGCCACAAGCCACGUGCGUCUCAAUAGAAAGAAGGCCUGGCACACAGGUGGCCUCAGGAAGGGCCGGGCUGAGCAUGUUGCAGAGUGUGGGCUCCGGGAGGCCGGCCUGGGGGAAACACCACGUGCUGUUCUCUCCUUGCCCGGCUCUAUGCGUUUCGCGCCCUCCGUGAAAGGGGAAUGAAACCCGGGGCUCCGACUACUCUGGGAGAGCCAAUGUCAAAGCUGAGAAUCUGGUCACCUGCCUGAGUCAAGGGGUGACUUUAGACUCAGAGCUGCCCUGGGCGGUGCCCAUGUGGAUCUUUCUUCCUCCCCAGGAGCAAUUUAAGAAGCUGCUGCCGUGGGAGUGCCUGGACACCUUUUUGAUUGAGCUGGAGGGGAUGCACAUAGCGCUGGUGGCACCCACAGUCGGCGCUGCCCUCAUUCACUUCGAUACUGUGGUGUAUUUUGUGAUAAGCACGUGCUUGGAGACCGGCACCAUGAAAGCCCAGGACAGGGCCAGGGUGCUGGAGCUUUGGAUACAGGUGGCCAGGGAGUGUAAUAAGUUGAGCAACUACUCAUCUUUGCAUGGCAUAGUCACAGCCCUGAAGGCUGCGCCCAUCCAUAGUCUCCAGGAAACCUGGAGAGCAGUAUCCAGGGAAAGCGCCAGAGCAUAUAAAGAACUGUGCACACGCGAUGACAGGAUGACCCGGGAGAAGCUGAUAAAGCUGGGGAUCUCCAAGCUGGCCCGCCGGGAAAAAAACCCUCAGAGAGCCCAGAUGAGGCAGCAGAGACGGAAGGGCGUCAUUCCCUUUCUUGGAAUCUUCGUCGAUGACCUAACUCUGCUGCAGAAGUGGACGCAGAAUAAUGUGGCUGCCUUCAAGAUCGUCCAGCAGCUGCAGUUGCUGCAGGUGACUGCCAAUAAUUUCUGUUUUCAACCGGACAGAGACUUUCAGUCCUGGCUCCAAACCAUGAAGCCACUGGACAAUAUCUUGGAGGGCAGUGGCAUCGUCGUAGCUUCUGACCUCAGCAGUCCUCAGCCUCACCCCUCUGAAGACCCGGAACUGCAAGUGUCUGCCACCUUGUCCGGCUGA